UAAUGUCAAAUAUAUUUUUAAAUGUUCUUCUCUUUCCAGGCCCCUGACAUUUAUGGGAUCACAGACUAAGAGAGUCCUGCUCACUCCCCUGAUGCCUGCCGCCCGGCCCUUCCGAGUCUCGAACCACAGCCGGAGCAGCCGGCGGGGGGUGAUGGCCAGCAACCUGAAGGAGCUGCUCAGCAAGACCCUGGACGCCCUACUUAUCACCAGCGGGCUGGUCACUUUGGUGCUGGAGGAAGACGGCACCGUGGUGGACACAGAAGAGUUUUUUCAGACCCUAGCAGAUAACACACAUUUCAUGAUCUUGGAAAAAGGACAGAAGUGGACACCGGUAAGCAAACCCACUGGUACUAACUACGUCACCGCUCGCCAGCCACCAAAGAAAUCAGGAAUAGCAAGAGUCACCUUCGACUUGUACAAGCUGAGUCCCAAGGAUGUCAUCGGCUGCCUCAACGUGAAGGCCACCAUGUAUGAGAUGUACUCGGUGUCCUAUGACUUUCGGUGUACAGGGCUCAAGGCCCUGAUGAGGAGCCUGCUACGGUUCCUGUCCCACGCUGCCCAGGUGGCUGGACACUUUCUCAUCUACACAGGCAAGCAAAUGCUCCGAGUGCUGGGUGACACAGAAGAGCAGACUUCUCCCGGGUUGCGCUCCAGGCAUACGUUCACGAUUGGAUAGGGUUACACUUUGAGGAGCUCAGCCGGCCUUCACCUAUACAUUGCUUCUCAAAUGAUGAAUUUUGAAGAUGCUUAUGUUCACUUAAGCACUACACAUACGUGCACCUGUAAGCUGUCCGUCACUUCUGCUCAGGAGUGGUACCCAGGUGAAGUGGAAUUCAGGAAAGGGACUUGAUGGCACAUGACAGGGGGGCUGUGCAGCGGGAUGCCCUGAGGG